AAAAUUAAGUGGAAAUGGAUUGGAAAAAAUUUGAAGUGUGAAUGAGUCAAAUGACUUUCCCAGAAUUUAAUCUUGUAAUAUCACUUCCAGCUUGCUUACCUCUACCAAGAAAAUGUCGAUUACAUACCUUCUUGCUUUAUAAAUAGACCCAAAUAAAAUAUUGAGGUUCCAUAUAUACUUCAAAUUGGGCUAGCAGUUCAGCAGCAAACUAUGGAAAUCCAAGAGGGAGAGCGUGAUGCUGCCAAACUGCUUCAGGCUCUAGGCCACAUAUGGAAUCACAUUUUCAGUUUCAUGAACUCCAUGACCCUUAAAUGUGUAGUUGAAUUGGGCAUACCAGAUAUCAUACACAACUUUGGCAAACCCAUGCCACUCUCACAACUCAUUCGUUCACUACCAAUCCACUCAUCCAAAGCCGGCAACAUUCAUCGCUUGAUGCGAAUCAUGAUCCAUUCUGACUUCUUCUCUCAACACAAUGUCAGUGAGAAUGAGCUAGAAGUCGAGUACACGUUAACUAAUGCAUCUAUGCUGCUCCUUAAGGAUCACCCUUUCAGCAUGACACCUCUCUUGCAUUUCGAGCUUGAUCCAAUUUUGACAAACCCAUGGCAUCAUUUGUCUACUUGGUUCAAAAAUGAGACUCCUACAUCGUUUGAAACAGCACACGGGAUGUUGUUUUGGGAUUAUGUUGACAGAGAUCCCAAACUUCACAGGUCAUUCAAUGAAGGCAUGGCAAGUGAUUCUCAAUUGAUCACUAGUGUGUUCAUUGAGAAGUGCAAGGAUAUGUUUAAUGGAUUGGAGUCAUUGGUUGAUGUUGGGGGAGGCACAGGGACCAUGACAAAGGCCAUUGCUGAAUCAUUCCCACAGUUGAAGUGCACCGUGUUAGAUCUCCCACAUGUUGUUUCUGGCUUGCAAGGAAGUGAAAACCUUAAUUAUGUUGGAGGAGACAUGUUUAAGGAAAUUCCUCCUACCGAUGCCAUUUUAUUGAAGUUGUGGAUAUUGCAUGAUUGGAGUGAUGACGAGUGUCUGAAAAUACUAAAGAAAUGCAAGGAAGCAAUCAAGAGCAAAGGCAAAGAAGGGAAGGUGAUUAUUAUAGACAUGGUGAUGGAGGAAAAGAAGGAAGAUCAUAAAUUAGUUGAAACACAACUAUUCUUUGAUAUGCUCAUGAUGGUUGUGCUCACCGGAAAAGAGAGAAAUAAGAAAGAGUGGGUUAAGUUGAUUACCUCUGCUGGUUUCAAUGACUACAAGAUAACUCAAGUUUUAGGACUAAGGUCUAUUAUUGAGAUCUAUCCAUAGAAAAAUCUACGCAAAUUCAACGAGAAUGAGAAGAAAUCAAUAUUCUAAUAUCAUUUUUCACAUUGUCGGGUGUGAGUCUGUAAGCAGAGGUGUACCUGGGAGCGGUCAUGCCCCCCUAAGAUUUUUAGUUUUAUUGCCAAUUAUAUAUAUAUAUAUAUAUAUAUAUAUAUUUUAUUCUUAGAUUAUUAAAAAACCAAUAUGUUUUACAAACCUAGUUGAUAACCUAGUUGAAAGUUGAAAAGCUAGAUGAAAGCUGUAAACUAUCUGAUUGAAAAAAGUGUUGGGUAAAACUAGUUGUUUAACUAGUGUUGAAACUAUAAAAUAACAUACACAAUAACACACUUGUAUAAGAA